AUGGCACUUACAUCAAGUGACCUCUCAAGUCUCUGCACCGGAUCCUCAAACAUCUUUCUCGGCACCGUCGAUGGCUUCGUACAUAUCGUCACCUCGUCGUUCCGUGUCGUCCGCUCGUUCAAGGCCCACGACACGGGAUCUAUAACGCACAUGAAACAGAUCAACGGCACUUCAUUGCUAGUGACAAUUUCGGAAGACCUCUCUAAUGAGCCAGUAUUGAAGGCCUGGGCCUUGGAUACAGAGAAAAAGACGGAGGACCGAGCAUUUGCAGCCUUGGACGACCUCUCGCAAGUGGCAAUUGGGUUCGCGAAUGGAUCCGUGACAAUCAUCCGAGGCGAUCUCAUUCAUGAUCGCGGCGCACGACAGCGGAUUGUCUUUGAAUCAGAAGAGCCAAUCACCGGCCUUCAAACGCAAAGUGGUCUUAUAACGGUUCUCUAUAUCUCAACGACAAGUCGCAUCUUGACCCUAGUCAUUGCCGGCCGAGGGCAGGGUCAGCCGGCACGAGUGUUGGAGGAUACUGGGUGUGCACUUGGGUGUAUGACUGUCGAUAACGAAACGGGCGAUAUCCUCAUCGCGCGAGAAGAUGCAAUUUAUAUGUAUGGCCCUCGCGGUCGUGGUCCCAGCUAUGCGUUCGAGAGUUCCAAGACUUCCAUUAAUUCUUUCCGGGAUUAUGUCGCACUAGUUUGCCCGCCAAAAUCUGGGCCGGACAAGGGUGAUACACUGCGAAAAUAUGGAGUCAACUCGGCGGACGAUAUUCUUGGAACUACCACAUUCACGCUGCUGGACACGGAUCUAAAAUUCAUUGCGCAUAGCGAGUCGUUGCUCUCGCCAAUGAAGCAUGUUUUCAUUGAAUGGGGUGAUCUCUUUCUUCUAACCACAGAGGGAAAGAGACUAGAAAUCCUCUACGAGCGGAAUCUCUACAUUUUGGCCAUCAAUCUCGCACAGAAAACCGGCAUCGACACUUUGCAGCAGAAUGCAAUCUAUCGCAAAUACGGCGACUUUUUGUAUCAACGUGGUGACUAUGACACUGCCAUGCAGCAAUAUCUUCGAGCAAUCGACAAUACCGAGCCAUCCCAGUACUUGGAUACGCAGCGCAUUCAUAACUUGAUUGAGUAUCUGGAGGAGCUGCACGACCAUGGCCAUGCCACAGUAGAUCAUACAACACUGCUGUUGAACUGUUAUGCAAAACUGAAAGACACAAGCAAACUGGAUUCAUUCAUCAAAGCUCCUGGCGAGCUGAAAUUUGAUUUGGAGACUGCCAUUGCAAUGUGUCGACAAGGAGGAUACUUCGAGCAGGCUGCCUACCUCGCCACCAAGCAUGGCGAGAAUGACAUGGUUGUUGACAUUCUGAUUGAGGACUCCAAGAAAUAUGCAGAGGCAGUAGAGUACAUUUGGCGACUUGAACCCGAAUCGGCUUAUCACAACUUGAUGAAAUAUGCUCGCGUAUUACUUGCCCAUUGCCCGGAAUCGACAACGGAACUCUUCAAAGUCUAUUACACUGGCAAAUUUCGACCGCGCACCGAGAUUAUUGAAGCCGAACCCCAAACCCAACAAACGAGUUCAAUACAAAGUCUCGCCAACAUCCUACCACUGCGCUAUAUGACGGGCGGGACUGGUGCUCAACCGGAGACUCUUCCUACCACCGAUGAGAACAAUUACGAAGAACCACUGCCGUACAAAGUUCCAAAGCCACGUACCGCUUUCUCUGCUUUCGUGGAUCAUCCACAUGAAUUCGUCGGCUUCUUGGAGACGCUUGUGGAGAAACAAGACCUAGAGCAGGAAUCAAAAGUGGAUCUCUUCACAACGCUUUUUGAGAUGUAUCUUGACACGGCAAAGAGCAAGAAAGAUACCACUGAGAAGCAAGAGUGGGAUAACAAGGCUAAAAAGCUCAUCGAAGGGAAAGACAUACCAAUUUCCACAUCAAACGUUCUCCUUCUUUCAGACCUCUCUAACUUCCGCGAAGGUUCUACGCUCGUCCGCGAACAAGAAGGCCUUCGCUUAGACAUAUUCCGCUCUUUCACCUCUGCCAAAGAUACACAGGGUGCCAUCCAAGCGCUUCGGCGCUACGGACCCGAUGAGCCCCAGCUCUACGUCGAUGCCUUGGCAUAUUUCGCUUCAAGUCCACAAAUCCUUGAAGAGGCAGGCGACGAGUUGGAUGCGGUACUUCAGCGCAUUGACCAAGAUGGUCUCCUUUCCCCUCUGCAGGUCAUUCAAGCUCUCAGCAACAACGCAGUUGUAACAAUGGGCCGAGUGAAGAAAUACCUUAGCGCAAAUAUCGACCGUGAACGCAAGGAGAUUUCGACAAACCGCCGCCUCAUCUCAAGCUACAAAUCCGAAACAGCAACGAAACAACAAGAACUCUCGAAUCUAGCCACCCAGCCCGUUGUCUUCCAAUCCCGCCGUUGUCAGUCCUGUGGUGGAACCCUUGACCUACCUACUGUCCACUUCCUCUGCCGCCAUUCCUUCCACGAACGCUGUCUCAACCGUGUCGAUGACGACGCCCAGUGCCCUGUCUGUGCCCCGACGAACUCCACGCUUCGUGCUAUUCGGCAGCGACAGGUAGACUCGGCAGAUCAGCAUGAUCUGUUCAAGGCGGAGUUAUCGCGUUCCCGUGAUCGAUUCGGAGUUGUUAGUGACUUCUUUGGGAGGGGUGUUAUGAGAUCACAGGCGACGAUGGAGGAGUCUGCGUGA